AUGAAUUAUUUAAAGUCAAUUUUUCAAAAAAAAACAAAUCAAAAUGAAAUUCAUUAAACUAAAAUGAACUAUUCUACUAUAUAUGAUUAGAAUUCCUUAACAGUUCAUCUAGAUGAUAUUAAGGCAAUAAUUAAAAGUGAAUAGAAAAGGUAAGAACUUUAUUUUCGUCCUACUAAAUCCCUUUUAGAAUAAUUAAAAGUCCUUUAUACUUUACAUAUGAUGAUAAUUUCUGAUUAAAUCAGUGAUGAAGAUUAAUUAAUUAAUUGCUUCUCAUAAGGAAAGGUACUGUGUUUAUAUUAGGGAAGAUUAUUUGCAAGUAAAAUAAUAAUUAGCAAUGCAUACAAACUUCUUUUGUAAACAACACAAUUGGAGCAUAAUCACAUCAUAAUUCUUAUAACUAUCAUCAGAAUAAUUCUGAAGUAAUCAUAAAUAUAUAAUUUACAGUAUCCAAUUAAAUUUAACACUGUGGAAAUUGAAUUUUCACAUCAAUAUUAUUCGUAUCUUUAAAGAGCUGCAAAUAAUUGUGAUAUCUAUUAUUCAUCUUAAAAAUAGCAAUAUCCAUACUUUGAAGAGGCGAGAAGCAGGAAGAUUAGAUUCUUAUGGCUUUUUAAGUUGAUUAAUUUGAUUAGUUUUAAAAUAU